UCUGUCCUCGAUGCCGUCAGCCUUGGCCAUCUUCACCUGCCGCCCGAACUCGCACCCGUUUCAGGAGCGUCAUGUCUACCUGGACGAGCCCAUCAAAAUCGGCCGCUCGGUGGCCCGCUGCCGGCCGGCGCAGAAUAAUGCCACCUUUGACUGCAAAGUGCUGUCCAGGAACCAUGCUCUCGUCUGGUUCGACCACAAGACCGGCAAGUUUUAUCUCCAAGACACUAAAAGUAGUAAUGGUACCUUUAUAAAUAGCCAGAGAUUGAGUCGAGGCUCUGAAGAAAGUCCACCAUGUGAGAUUCUUUCUGGUGACAUUAUCCAGUUUGGGGUAGAUGUGACGGAGAACACACGGAAAGGUACGGUUACCCAUGGGUGUAUUGUUUCUACAAUAAAACUUUUUCUGCCAGAUGGUAUGGAAGCCCGGCUCCGCUCUGAUGUCAUCCAUGCCCCAUUACCAAGUCCUGUUGACAAAGUUGCUGCUAACACUCCAAGUAUGUACUCUCAGGAACUAUUCCAGCUUUCUCAGUAUCUUCAGGAGGCCUUACAUCGGGAACAGAUGUUGGAACAGAAGUUAGCUACACUUCAGCGGCUACUGGCCAUCACCCAAGAGGCUUCAGAUACCAGUUGGCAGGCUUUAAUAGAUGAAGAUAGACUCUUAUCACGGUUAGAAGUUAUGGGAAACCAAUUACAGGCAUGCUCCAAAAAUCAAACAGAAGAUAGUUUACGGAAGGAACUUAUAGCAUUACAGGAAGAUAAACACAACUAUGAGACAACAGCCAAAGAGUCCCUGAGGCGAGUUCUUCAGGAGAAAAUUGAAGUUGUUAGAAAACUUUCAGAAGUUGAGCGAAGCCUGAGUAAUACUGAAGAUGAAUGUACCCACCUGAAAGAAAUGAAUGAACGAACUCAGGAAGAAUUAAGAGAAUUAGCCAAUAAAUAUAAUGGAGCUGUUAAUGAAAUUAAAGAUCUAUCUGAUAAGCUAAAGGUAGCAGAGGGAAAACAAGAAGAAAUCCAACAGAAGGGACAAGCUGAGAAAAAAGAAUUACAGCAUAAAAUAGAUGAAAUGGAAGAAAAGGAACAGGAGCUCCAGGCAAAAAUAGAAGCUUUGCAAGCUGAUAAUGAUUUCACCAAUGAAAGGCUAACAGCUUUACAAGUACGGUUAGAACAUCUUCAGGAGAAAACUCUUAAAGAAUGCAGCAGCUUAGGGAUACAAGUUGAUGACUUCUUACCUAAAAUAAAUGGGAGCACAGAAAAAGAGCACUUGCUUUCAAAGAGUGGCGGGGACUGCACUUUUAUUCAUCAGUUCAUAGAAUGCCAGAAGAAGCUGAUCGUGGAGGGGCAUCUAACCAAAGUGGUAGAAGAAACAAAGCUUGCAAAAGAAAACCAGGCAAGAGCAAAGGAAUCUGAUUUAUCAGAUACUCUGAGUCCAAGCAAGGAAAAAAGCAGUGACGACACUACGGACGCCCAAAUGGAUGAGCAAGACCUGAAUGAAUCUCUUGCUAAAGUGUCCCUAUUAAAAGAUGACUUGCAGGGUGCACAGUCAGAAACUGAGGCAAAACAAGAAAUUCAGCAUCUUCGCAAGGAAUUGAUCGAAGCCCAGGAGCUAGCUAGAGCAAGUAAACAAAAAUGCUUUGAACUUCAAGCUCUUUUGGAAGAAGAAAGAAAAGCCUAUCGAAAUCAAGUUGAGGAAUCCAGUAAACAAAUACAGGUUCUUCAAGCCCAACUGCAGAGGUUACACAUGGACAUUGAGAAUCUCCGGGAGGAGAAGGACAAUGAAAUCACAAGCACUAGAGAUGAAUUGCUUAGUGCCCGAGAUGAAAUUUUGCUCCUUCAUCAAGCAGCAGAAAAGGCUGCCUCUGAGCGGGACACUGACAUUGCUUCUUUGCAAGAAGAGCUUAAGAAGGUGAGAGCUGAGCUUGAGCGGUGGCGGAAAGCAGCAUCUGAAUAUGAGAAAGAAGUCACAAGUCUGCAGAGCAGUUUCCAGCUUCGGUGUCAGCAGUGUGAGGACCAGCAGAAAGAGGAAGCCACAAGGCUGCAAGGUGAAUUAGAGAAGUUGAGAAAGGAAUGGAAUGUAUUGGAAACCGAGUGCCAUUCUCUAAAAAAGGAAAAUGUCUUGUUAUCAUCAGAACUGCAACGACAGGAAAAAGAAUUGCACAAUUCUCAGAAGCAGAGUUUAGAGCUUACCAGUGAUCUCAGCAUCCUUCAGAUGACUAGGAAAGAGCUUGAGAACCAAAUGGGAUCCUUGAAAGAACAGCAUCUUCGUGAUUCAGCUGAUUUAAAAAUUCUUCUCAGUAAGGCUGAAAACCAAGCAAAGGAUGUACAAAAAGAGUAUGAAAAGACACAGACUGUACUCUCAGAACUGAAGUUGAAGUUUGAAAUGACUGAGCAGGAAAAGCAAUCAAUCACAGAUGAGCUCAAACAAUGUAAAGACAACCUGAAGCUGCUCCAAGAGAAAGGAAAUAAUAAUCCUUCCAUAUUACAACCCGUCCCAGCCGUAUUCAUCGGCCUAUUCCUGGCUUUCCUGUUUUGGUGUUUCGGUCCAUUGUGGUAGAGAAAGAAACCCUGGCCCUGGAUGCCCAUGUUGGCUGCCCUGGUUGCGGUGACAGCCAUCGUGCUGUAUGUGCCAGGUCUGGCCAGAGCUUCUCCGUGAGAGUGUUUCUUGAGUCCGUACACCGUCCUCCCUCUAGAAGCUGGCAUCACACUCAUGCUGGGGAAAAACAGAACCAUUUUCUUCCUUUUUUACCUCUUAAAACAACAGAAGUGCAAGAAUACAACUGUAGGGUCAUUGCUUUAAAUUAUAUAAAAUGUAUCUGUCUGUAAAGAGGAUAUAAAAUUGUGACUUUAUUCUACUGUAAGCAAUAAUUUGCUUGCAAUUUUUCAUGUAAUUUUUAAAUUAGUUUGUUGAGAUUCUGAAUAUUAUGGUGGCCUAAAGUAGGCUUCUUGGUACACCAAAUUAUUUAUAACAUUAAAUUUAUGGGUAUUUUACUCUGAAUUCUGAUGACCAGAUAAUUCAUUUUUCUGAUUCGAUUACUACCCAAACCAAACAACCAAUACAUACAUGGGAAGAAAGGCCCUGUGUGCUCAGUGCCUAUCAGUUUGAAAUAUACACACAUAUAUAUAUAUAUUUUUUACAUAUUUACGCCAUUUUUACUUAUUAUAAAACCACUGAGCUAUUGGGAACAAGAUUUAGAGACAACUAUUUGUGUGGGUUUUUUUUUUUAAAGGAAAAAUACAUUUGAAAAAUAUUCUGUUAGAGUGAUAAUUUGGGAAUAUGUGCACGCUUGUUCAGCCUUAAUGUGACUUGAAGAUGUGGAGGACAUCAGCUUUGAAAAACUUUCCAUGAGAGUUGUGUAUUUUCUUGAGCAAACUGAAGUAUUUCUGGGAGCAAAAACAGUAAUUACACAAUUUCAGUGCAGUCAACCAAACUGUUGAGUCAAUUGGAAUGUAAGUUAUUAAACCUCAUGUAUUUAAAGAGAUAUUUUCUUUAAAAGCCAAGUUACUUUCUCAUAUACAGCAUUUUAGGAAGCAUGAUUUUUUUUUUCUGUCAUCUGUUCCUCCAAGCAUGUUUAAUUGAAGAAAGAAUUAAUAUCACUUUAGAUAAGCUUUUAUUGACUUAAUUUGGUUAUGAUGUUUUGGAGCUAAUUCAUGUGCAAGGUGGCUGUUGUUAUUACCAACAGAUGUCCUGGUUGGGUAUGCAAAUGGUUAUUUUCUUUUUAUUGUUGUUAAUUGGGACUUUCUGUUCAUGAGAAGCACUAUUCCCAGGAUUAAUAGUGUUCCAUGCACAAUGAAGCACCUAAACACUGCUUGAUGUUAUAAAAUUUAAAACACAGAUGUGAAAGUUUAGCUAUGGUUUUGUGCGGCACCAUAGUUAUGUCAAUAAAGUUUAUUUAGGUCAUAGAGUAUCCUAAAGGAACACAUAGUUAAAUUUUUCAGUCAAUGAAGAAUGAAAAGGAAUGUCAGUGAAUUGGCUUGAAUGUUCUUUGGCAAUCCACAGGUCUAGCCAAAUAUUGAAAUAGGAGUUUAGGAUAUAAUUUGCCUUGUGAUGUUUGGCAGUCAUUGUUUGUACUUUAAAGGUUAUAUUUUAAGCUAUUUGAGAUUGCUGUUUGGGAGGAUCACUAGAUUUGUGGAGGAAUUAGUCACAAAUGACUUGUAGGAAAUACUGUCAUAUAGUUCAUUUCAUCAUUUUUUGUUGCAGGAAGCCACUCCACCACAGAAUGCUAAUAUGCCAGUGGUACCCAGUACCUCUUGUAUAUAGGUUAUUGCAAAUAUUGUUCUGAAAUGCUUAACUUCAGAAUUACAUUUUUUAAAGUAAAUAAUUGUUUUAAAUCUAUUUUGUAAAGAUAUAAAGUACAAUAGAAUUUCUGGAGUACAGAUUAAACUAUUUGCACUAACACACGUGAUGUGCAUGAUUUAAUAAAAUAACUUUACUCUCCCUA